CAUGCUUCCCAGGUACAGCGGCGGCCAUAUUCACAGGGAACCACUAGCUCUGAUUAUCAGGCAAGCGAGUCCGAUAGAUCUAUAAACACAUUCUUGCAAAACAACCGGACAAACGUGAAUUCCGCACAAGCUGGAGAGAAAGGGGCUCCCGGGUAGCACCAAGAAAUGAUCCUCUGUAGAAGACGGCUCUAGUGAUAGGAUGCCUUUUGCACAGCCGCAGGACCCCUGGCACAAAAUGGAGGUGCAAAGUCUUGGAAGUGAGGUCAAUGGGCAUCAAAUGGUGGAUGAGCCUAUGGAGGAGGGGGAGUCAUUCUCUCAUUGUGAUGAAGGCACCUUUCAGGAAAUCCCCAUCACUCACCACGUCAAAGAGGGAUGUGAAAAAGCAGCUCCUUCUCAGUUUGAACUUCUUAAAGUCCUGGGCCAGGGGUCAUUUGGGAAGGUCUUUCUGGUGAGAAAGAUAAUGGGCCCAGAUGCAGGGCAGCUUUAUGCAAUGAAAGUGCUGAAAAAAGCAUCGUUAAAAGUUCGGGAUCGAGUUCGCACAAAGAUGGAACGCGAUAUAUUGGUAGAAGUAAAUCAUCCUUUUAUUGUCAAAUUGCACUAUGCCUUUCAAACAGAGGGGAAGCUGUACUUAAUAUUGGAUUUUCUCAGGGGGGGAGACGUGUUUACUCGCUUAUCCAAAGAGGUUAUGUUUACAGAGGAGGAUGUGAAAUUCUACCUUGCAGAGCUGGCUCUUGCUUUGGAUCAUCUGCACAACCUAGGCAUUGUUUACAGGGACCUGAAGCCUGAAAACAUUUUGCUUGAUGAAGCAGGACAUAUCAAGUUAACAGACUUUGGGCUCAGUAAAGAAUCUGUUGACCAGGAUAAGAAAGCGUACUCAUUCUGUGGAACAGUGGAGUACAUGGCACCUGAAGUGGUCAAUAGACGGGGCCACACACAGAGUGCUGAUUGGUGGUCGUUGGGUGUUCUAAUGUUUGAAAUGCUCACUGGUACGCUGCCAUUCCAAGGCAAAGACAGGAACGAGACGAUGAGCAUGAUCCUGAAAGCUAAAUUAGGAAUGCCGCAGUUUCUAAGUUCUGAAGCUCAAAGUCUUCUUAGAAUGCUGUUCAAAAGGAAUCCUGCAAAUCGAUUGGGGGCUGGCUCUGAUGGUGUGGAAGAAAUCAAGAGACACGCCUUCUUUUCAACAAUCGACUGGAAUAAACUGUAUCGAGGAGAAAUCCAGCCUCCUUUUAAACCUGCUGCGGGAAAACCAGAUGACACGUUCUGCUUCGACCCAGAAUUUACAGCCAAAACGCCAAAAGAUUCACCUGGUGUACCCCCAAGUGCUAAUGCCCACCAGUUGUUCAAAGGCUUUAGCUUUGUGGCCCCUGUCUCAUUGGAAGAAAGUAAAGGCUCUUCACAUGUGAAUAUACUACCUAUCGUUCAGAUGCAUAAAAGCAACACCCAGUUUGCUGAAAUCUACGAACUGAAGGAGGACAUAGGCGUGGGCUCCUACUCCAUCUGCAAGCGAUGCAUACACCGAGUCACGAGCAUGGAGUUUGCUGUGAAGAUAAUUGACAAGAGUAAGAGAGAUCCUUCUGAGGAGAUUGAGAUUUUAAUGCGUUACGGGCAGCAUCCGAACAUCAUCACUCUAAAGGAUGUGUAUGAUGAAGGCCGGUUUGUGUACCUGGUCACAGAACUGAUGAAAGGGGGAGAGCUGCUGGAUAAGAUUCUCCGGCAGAAAUACUUCUCUGAGUGGGAAGCCAGCGAUGUUCUCUAUACCAUCACUAAAACUGUCGACUACCUGCACUGUCAAGGAGUUGUGCACCGGGAUCUGAAGCCCAGCAAUAUUCUGUAUAUGGAGGAUUCUGGGAAUCCAGAUUCAAUCAGGAUUUGCGAUUUUGGGUUUGCGAAGCAGCUGCGUGGAGAGAAUGGGCUGCUGCUGACUCCCUGCUAUACAGCCAACUUCGUCGCACCAGAGGUCCUCAUGAGGCAGGGCUACGAUGCUGCAUGUGAUAUCUGGAGUCUCGGUGUCCUGUUAUACACCAUGCUGGCAGGCUAUACUCCUUUUGCCAACGGACCCAAUGACACCCCAGAGGAGAUCUUGCUGAGAAUAGGCAGCGGGAAAUUCUCCCUGAGUGGAGGCAACUGGGACACCGUUUCAGACAAAUCGAAGGACUUGUUGUCCCAUAUGCUUCAUGUAGAUCCUCACCAGCGAUACACUGCAGCACAAGUGUUAAAACACUCUUGGAUAGCAUGCAGGGACCAACUGCCUCAUUACCAGCUCAACAGGCACGAUGCACCUCACCUGGUCAAGGGUGCAAUGGCUGCUACAUAUUCCGCAUUAAACCACAAGACGUGCCAGCCAGUGCUUGAACCUGUGGCUGCCUCCAGCUUGGCCCAGCGAAGGGGCAUGAAGAAACUAACGUCCACAGACUUGUAGUUGAAAAUCAUCUUUGGGUUGUUUUCUUUAUUAUGAUUAUUAAUAUAAUUACCUUACCUUGACCUCCUAGCCUGCCCCCUUCUCCUUGUCCCUCACUCCCCUGUUUCAGCAACCAUCUCUGGCCAUGGUACCAGUGUCAGUAACUGUUGCAAAAUGCCUGUCUGGGUUGCUUUCAAAACUGAUACGUUAAAAUAAUAAUGAUAAUGAAGGUGCGCAUUGUGUACUGCAGGAACUAGCAUUUCACUAAUAGUUCAGAGUCUGUUUACUUGCGGGGGGGGGGGGGGUGCACCAACUGUAAUGUCCAUUUCACUGUGACUGGUCACCUUGGAGCUCUUAAACAAAUUGUGUAUGUCAUUUAUAAAUAAAUACAGAAGAAGAGGAAGCAGCAUUCAUUAAGAUCAUAGAGUGGAAGGCAUGGCUAUAGAGACACCUGUAAACGGGUGCCCACCAUUGUUUCUCAAAUUCCUUUUCCCGUUGAGAUCUUCCAGCUUCAUUACGGAGCUUGGAGUUCAUGAAUUCCCAGGACUUGGAGAAGGCUUGUAUUAAAAACAUGUAUAAAAAGAAAAACAUUAAUACUUCAGAACUUGUUAUCUGGAUGAGCUAAGGGUAUAAAAUAUCUAUGUUAGCUUUAAUGUAGAUCAUGCUGGGAAGACUGUAUAGAAGCUAGUCAAUUUCUGUGGUGCAGUGCAAGCGGUUUUCAGUUAUAUUUAAAGGAAUGCUUGGCAUAGGAAUGUUUGAAGUAUCAUGGUAAGUAGUAUAACUUGUUGACCACUCUGAACGAUGAGUCUUUGGAAAGAUAAAGGUCACUAAAUGCGGAUCACUGAGCAGUGUACGGUCAGCAUACCAAGUCUGUUUGGUGAAUUAUUAUUUAGUUAUUAUUCUUUGUUGAUUGAGGUUAAUCAGCUUUACACCUUUGGGUGAGGGAGGCAGACCAAGGUACAAAGCACUGGAGACUUGUGUUUAAGUUUGGGCGAGAACUGAGAAGAUAGUGCAGUUUUAUGAUAACAUACUGUAUAGAGGGAUAAGAGCAAGGAGUGUUUGAAUCCCAGCUUGGCCAUCAGAAUAAAGAACUGAUGUGCAUUUCUCUGAAUGAGUCAGAGUAAGAGGUUUAGAUAAGUCAUUUGAACUGUUGUCUCUGUAGUCUGUUGUGUAAUAGGUAUGUUCAAAUGGCAGUUGAUGAUCCUUUGGCCAUUGCCGCCGCAGUGUUAAAUUCGUAGGUAAGAAGUACAGGAAGAAAACUAUUGGCAAUAAUUAACCUUCAGCAGUAAGAAUACUUCAGAUUACAAUCAAUGUAUGAUUGCAUAGUGUGUGUGUGUUUGCAGAUGCUAGCAGGGGAAGCUCAUACACUGUGUAUAACACAUAGUAUUGAGAGGAUCUGGGCUUGCAUUCCUCUAUGCUGUCAGCAAAAAGAUGGGUGGAUUUUGCAUUGUAGACAUGAACAGGGUUCUCUUCUGUUACACUUGUAUUUAUUUAUCCUGUUUUACUGUCAGGCCAGCAGUGACCAUUUCAGAAUCUGGAAAGGAAAAGCAACAGCUUAUUUGAUGUAGAGAAGGGGAUUGACGCACACUCCAGCAAUGGGAAUAUUCUGGUUCUUCAGUGAAGCUCUCUAAAGAUCACAGGCCGGCUAACUGAUGAAGAAUUGACAGGGCAGGGCGGGGCGGGGGCUAAUAGCAACUGGCUGCUUCGGCUGAAUCUCUUCAAAGACAUUGUGGAAAUUGUAUCAUAUUGUAUUUAUUUCAUUUAAUUUUUUUUAAGAUAUUUUUUCUUUUAAGGGAUGUAUAUAUUGACAUUAAAGAUCAUUAUUGAA